UCCAACAUAGUAGAAAAGAUGGUUACUAAGCUUACUCUUUGGGUUCUUCUUUUACUCCUUUUCUUCUUAAUGAAUAGGCAUGUUAUCAGUGGCAGAGAUCUGAAGGUAGAGUUGCAAGAUGAUACAGAUACAAAUUCACAAUCAUAUAUCAACCAUGAAAAGCCCAAUGAACCUUACAUAACUAGCUAUGCAACUUCAAGUAAUAAACUUAACUACCUUACAGGUUAUAAAACUGGUGCCCAUGGUUCUGACAAAGAUUUUUCCUUAAGCUCAACUAAUAAACCUUAUAUUACUGGCUACACAACUACUCCCCGUGAUGCCAAACAGCCAUACAUAACUCAAUAUGGUGAUGAACCUAGUGGUUCCAACAAAGAAAUAAAAACAAAGUCUGCCACAGCCCAGGAUUCAGCUAAGCCUUAUCUGACAAGCUAUGGCCCUCGUUCCAAGGAAACACAAUCUUCUAAUGUAGACCACACUGAGGCAUUCAAGGUUGGAUUCUUUGCCAUCGAUGAUCUAUACGUGGGGAACAUUAUGACCCUCCAAUUUCCUGUCGAAGACUUUUCUCACUUCCUAUCAAAGAAAGAUGCCGACUCCAUUCCUUUCUCAACCUCACAACUUCCAAGUGUUCUUCAACUCUUCUCAAUCUCCGAAGAUUCUGCACAAGCCAAGUCCAUGAAAGCCACAAUUGAACAAUGUGAAGCAGGAACCAUCACAGGGGAGACUAAGAUUUGUGCUAACUCUUUAGAGUCCAUGCUGGAAUUUGUUCACAACAUCAUUGGAGCAGAGGAAAAGCACAACAUUCACACAACUACUCCAUCCUCAGGGGCUCCUCUGCAAAAAUAUACCAUUUUGAAAAUAUCAGAAGAUAUAUAUGCUCCUAAAUGGGUAGCUUGUCAUCCUAUGCCAUACCCAUAUGGUGUUUACUAUUGCCACUUCAUAUCAACAGGGACCAGGGUGUUCAAGGUCUUGUUAGAUGGUGAGAAUGGAGACAAAGUUGAAGCUCUUGGCGUGUGCCACUUGGACACAUCUGAUUGGAGUCCAAAUCACAUUCUGUUUAAGCAACUUGGGUUCAUGCCUGGGGAGGCUCCAGUGUGCCACUUCUUCCCUGUGAAGCAUCUUAUGUGGGUUCCCCAACCCUCAACAGUCACCAUGUGAAAAGAAUAGGGAGUGAGUAUCUAUGCAAUAAAGGGUCAAUGAUAAAUGACCUAGUAGCCAACUCAUGAUCUUGUUCCUAUUGUAGACUUCAUCUUUGUUUGUAUG